CUUAACUCCCUGACCAGUUUUUAGUCCAUUGACUAUGCAACCUAGCGUAAUAGACUGGAAUGAUGUUAGAAAACAUAAAUAUGGUCACCUAUCAGAGUCAGCAUCCCAAUAUCAAGAAGCUACUGACAUCCUGGAGCUAGGGUUGUUAAGAAGAUUACAUGAGCUAAUGGAUGUGAAAACAUCUUAAAAACUCUCAAAUACUUUUCAACUUUGGAGGAUUAUUAUUUUCAUUUGUUCAGCGACUAUCCUCAGACUUUAAGUCAAAUCUUGUGACAUUCUUUGAAGUGAAGCAUUCUAUGAAUAUGAGCUGAAGAAAUGAAUGAAAUGAAAUAAUGCAGCAUCUAGUGCUUUUUGCAUGGCCCAAAGGGGCCCUGUGCUGCUCCACUGCAGAGGAAGCUUCAAGAAAUGCUGGUUUGCUACAGUGUUUUAGUUUGUGAGAGUCUCUGGGACCUUCCCUGCUCCAUCAUGGGGUCACCUCUAGGUCAUUUUACCUGGGACAAAUACCUAAAAGAAACAUGUUCAGUCCCAGCGCCUGUCCAUUGCUUCAAGCAGUCCUACACACCUCCAAGCAACGAGUUCAAGAUCAGUAUGAAAUUGGAAGCACAGGAUCCCAGGAACACCACAUCUACCUGUAUUGCCACAGUAGUUGGACUGACAGGCGCUCGCCUCCGCCUUCGCCUUGAUGGCAGCGACAACAAGAAUGACUUCUGGCGUCUCGUUGACUCAGCUGAAAUCCAGCCUAUCGGGAAUUGUGAGAAGAAUGGGGGUAUGCUGCAGCCUCCGCUGGGAUUUCGGCUGAACGCUUCCUCUUGGCCCAUGUUCCUUUUGAAGACGCUAAAUGGAGCAGAGAUGGCUCCCAUCAGGAUUUUCCACAAGGAACCACCAUCACCUUCUCACAACUUCUUCAAAAUGGGAAUGAAGCUGGAAGCUGUGGACAGGAAGAACCCUCAUUUCAUUUGCCCAGCCACUAUUGGGGAGGUGCGAGGCUCAGAGGUGCUUGUCACUUUUGAUGGGUGGCGAGGGGCCUUUGACUACUGGUGCCGCUUCGACUCCCGGGACAUCUUCCCUGUGGGCUGGUGUUCCUUGACUGGAGACAACCUGCAGCCGCCUGGCACUAAAGUUGUGAUUCCAAAGAAUCCCUAUCCUGCAUCCGAGGCGAACACUGAGAAGCCUGGCAUCCACAGCAACACCAAAACUGCCUUGGAGCCUCAACCAGGGCAGAGGGGGCGUAAACCAGGAAAGAAGCGGGGCCGGACACCCAAGCCCCUAAUUCCCCAUCCCAUCUCUACCCCAUCCAAGUCAGCCGAACCUUUGAAAUUCCCAAAGAAGAGGGGUCCCAAACCUGGCAGUAAGAGGAAACCUCGGACUUUGCUGAACCCACCACCCACCUCACCAACAACCAGCACCCCUGAACCGGAUACCAGCACUGUACCCCAAGAUGCUGCCACCAUCCCCAGCUCAGCCAUGCAGGCCCCCACAGUUUGUAUUUACUUGAACAAGAAUGGCAGCACAGGCCCCCACUUAGAUAAGAAGAAGGUCCAGCAGCUCCCUGACCAUUUUGGGCCAGCCCAAGCCUCCGUGGUGUUGCAGCAGGCUGUGCAGGCUUGCAUCGACUGUGCUUAUCACCAGAAAACCGUCUUCGGCUUCCUCAAACAGGGUCACGGUGGUGCAGUUAUCUCAGCCGUGUUUGACCGUGAGCAGCACACCCUCAACCUCCCAGCCGUCAACAGCAUCACCUACGUCCUCCGCUUCCUGGAGAAACUCUGCCACAACCUUCGCAGUGACAAUCUGUUUGGCAACCAGCCCUUUACACAGACUCACUUGUCACUCACCACCACAGAGUACAGCCACAGCCACGACAGGUACCUACCAGGUGAGACCUUUGCCCUGGGAAAUAGUCUGGCCCGGUCCUUGGAGCCACACUCAGACUCAAUGGACUCCACCUUGAAUCCCACCAACCUUGUCAGCACCUCCCAAAAUCUUCGAAACCCUGGGUACCGGCCUUUGCUUCCAUCCUGUGGCCUCCCACUGAGCACUGCCUCGGCUGUGCGCAGGUUCUGCUCCAGGGGGUCGGAUCGCCGGGAUGCCUCUCGACAGAGUGGCCGGGACCCCUCCUCGUGGACAGUCGAGGACGUGAUGCAGUUUGUCCGGGAAGCUGAUCCUCAGCUUGGACCCCAUGCUGACCUCUUUCGCAAACACGAGAUCGAUGGCAAGGCCCUGCUUCUGCUGCGCAGUGACAUGAUGAUGAAGUACAUGGGUCUGAAGCUGGGGCCUGCACUCAAGCUCUCCUACCACAUUGACCGGCUGAAGCAGGGCAAGUUCUGAACAGGGAGACGCAGCCUAGACAACCGAGGGAUCGAGCAGAGGGGCCAUCCUUCUCCCAGGAAGGAGGGCCAUCGGCCCCCUCCCGGGCACCUCAGUGGGGUCCGAGGCUGCCUCAGGACUCCAGGAGGCUGUGUGGAGCUGCCAGCACUGCCCCUCCUGCCAUGGUAUGUCCUUCCAUGAAGGGCCGAGACGGGCAUGGGGCCCAGGGUUGCCACUGCUCUUCCCCUCAGCCCUGCCUCGGCUCUGA